AUGAGUAUUUCAAAAUCCCUGCUCUCAGACCACGCCGCACUUGAGUUAACUAUCCCCUACCACCCUCAUGUCACACAGCCUGUUUUGGGGAACCCAGUCAGUGAGCCCCCAGCCUCUCAUCACCUCCCUCCUACGAGCCUCGAUACCCUGGUCCAGGAUGCAUUGGCGGUGAUCCCAACAACUGCUCAGGCCAUUGACAACUUAUAUGGCCCAACCUUUGCAGAUAAUGGGACACUGACAGUGUACCUUGCUGCUUCUUGCUCACGCUGCAGAGAUGGUGCAACACAAGCUGCCCUCUCCUCCUACUGGGGUGUGAACAACAGCCACAAUGCCUGUUAUCAUAUCUCAGCAACUCCUAAACCCACUGCAAACCGCGCUAUUCUCUGUGCAACUAUACUGGCUCUUCAGGCUGCUGCUCAGAGGCCAGAGAAACAUCUUCUCCUCUAUACUUCCUCGGAGUAUCUCAUCCACUCUUUCUGCUUCUGGGCUGCGGAUAACGCGGAGCAUGCCUGGGAUUGUGCUCAUAGUGAUGUCAUAAAGCUGGCUGUCUCCCUCCUACGCAGUCGC